CUGGCUAUAUUUUUGCUCUCAUCAAGAGCUAGAACUCAUCUGCUUAUCUAGUGAACUCGUGCUUUUCUUGCUUUUAAUUUUAUUUACGACAAAACUUUUAAAUUGACGUUAAAGUUUAGCUUUUUACAAACGUUUCUUUAAAAAAAAAACUUGCUUUAAAGCCGUUCUAAGUUAUUAAACUAUUACAAAAACUAUAAAAAAAGUUUCUGGAGUUGAUCUCUGCAAUGAAACACUCCGUAAACUUUUGUGCUAACUUUGAAGUGUAAAACGUGCUUUUCUUGCAAUGUUUUCUCUCAAGUUUGUGACUUUUGUGGACAAGUGAAGAAACUUUUAGUCUUCGUGUUGCUGUCUUUUAGAAAUUCCUUAGGCUUCAUUUAAAGAGAUAAAAAAGAUAAAAAAUGUGCCUGAGUGCUGUCGGUUUAUAAUUUUGCUUCUUUAAAAGAUAUGUUUUGGUGUUUAUUUGCUAUUUUGUAUUUAUUAUUAUUUUCGUCAUUUGCUGGCAGAGAAGGAAAAGUGGCUGAAGUUGCUGGGUUUGGGUGGCAUUGAGCUUCAGGUCAUCUCCACGUGUUGGUCAAUCACCUGAUGGGGUUAGCUUAGUACCGAGUGGGUGAUUAGAACUGAAAGGCAACGUGGAUUUGAGCAAGAUCGUGGUCCCUGUGUAUCUCCACGUCUCACAAAUGUAUGUGUAAAAUGCGUCUUGUGAGGGUGGCCAUGUGAAAUAUUUGUUUUUCUAGUUUGUUAAACAGAAGUUGGCGUCUCUGGUCGUUUCAGUCAAAUGCAAAUCUCUAAAGGAUGUGAACUCGACUCUUUCCUUCGUGUCUCCAUUAUUUUAUUCAACAGGUUAAUCUCCUAUAGGCCUAUUCAUAAAACAGCAGGGUCUGGUACAGCAAUGGAUCAGGCCAUCGACCUUGUUAUGGCACCCAAUGGAUAUCACAUCAUUUCAUAUUGCUGCCCGCUGUGUCUGCAUUGAUAAAACGUCGUUUGUCAUUAAGAAACUGUGGGUAGGUGAUCAGCCUCUUUGAACGGGCUCCACGCAGCUUUUUUUCCUCCAGAAAAGCAACAUCUGCUUUCAUGACCCCUCCUUUUGCCUGUUAGAAAGAAUAUUGAAAUGUACGCUCACAGAUUUAAGACAGCUGUUGAAUAACAUUUUUAAUAGAGGUUCAGAUUGCAGUUAAUGCUGUUUUGGGCAUUCAUUUAUACUAUAUUGCGUCAAGGAGGACUUUUGAGAGCAUGGCACUUUGUCUUGAAAUAGAAUUUUUUUUUUUUUAUCUUGGGGUCACCCUUCUUUGAAAAUUUCUCUACAGAUGAUGCCACUGCUCUGUAAGACAAGCCAGGGCUCCUCUGCAGUCUUUUGUGGAGUGGGCCUAGCCCCUGAUAAACGGUGAAAACGAUGGGAUUUGUAGCAAUUGGAUGAUAGCCUUUUAGCCACUGAGGAAAUCAGAGUUUAAAGGAGGGCCCCUCCCAUGCUGAUGUGUAAAGUCUUCUGGGCCCGGGGCCUGUACCUACGGCCUCUCCAUGUUUCCUCUCACUUUAAGAUACGUGCCUGGAGUACAAAGGAGAAUCAAUGGGGAAGAACAUGAAUCUAGAAAAGCUUCUGGUAGUGCGUGAAAGAGCAAAGCUCGAUUCUUUCCAUUUAGCUUGGCUGUUAUUUCUGUGAAUUAUUAUUAAAACAACAACAACAACAACAACAACAACAACAACAACAACAACAACAACAACAACAACACGCAAGGCAUUUAUCUGUCUUAUAAGACAUUUUCAACACUCGUAUAUGAUGUUAGCUCCCCUUGGCCUGUCUUCUGUCCACAGUAAAAUACAGGUGUAUUGAGAGUAAUACGACUCACUCAGUGAUAUCGUUUCUCUGCGUAUAUUCUUCUGCGUCAUUCUCUACCAGCCUGUUUUUAUGCAGGCGCCUCGGAAACCCAGUGAACUGCUCUGCACUACUCUGACCAUUCAAGCUUCAUCUACAGGAUUUGUGUUUUCCAAAAGUCAAAGCUGACACGCCACCGUAUAAAAGUUGUUGACCAAAACGCUCACUAAACUGUGCAGAGUACACUAUGUGAUGCACAACCGAUACCAUGAAAAUGGAAGAGAGAAAGAAGUGAGGCAGGGGAGGGGAGGGAGAAAGACAACCAUGACCUCACAUGGCGUAGCCUGCUUUAGCUUUGACCUCAAGUGCCCCAUCAUAGUAGAGAAACUAGGCUGAUAUACGGCCAUGAGGCCUUUCUAUUCCACCUGGCAGAUGACAGACUGGUCUUUACUUGCAUUAUGAAAGAGCCAAAUGAUUACAAAUAGGACCAUCUGAUCGGGCCUGUGGGUGGGACAAGCAGUCUCAGUGAUUUACCUGCUCGGCACACGGUCGAGUUCCACCCCGGGAAGUCCAGGACGGUUCACUCUCUAGUCCAUAUAUUUUAUUUAUUAGUUAUGACUUUUAUAUUUUAUAAGCAAAUGAAAACUUAAGAAGAGAUACGGGAGCUUUCUCAUUAUGUUUACAGUCAGCGGGCGUGUAAUAAACGAGCUGGUGGAGUUAACAUGCGCUAUUAAUUUUUCAUUGCUUUUUCGUUUUGAGGCUCGGGCGUAAAAAAGCAAAACAGCCGAAGCCUUCUUGGCGGAUAGAGGGAAAAGGGGAGAGCAGGAGUGAAAGGGGGGAACUCCUAAAUAACAACAGUGGGUUCAAUUUGUCUCCAAAUGAUUAGCACAACUCCACCACAUUCUUACUAACGUUUAAAAAAGUCUACAAACCCUUCAUCCUUCUCCUCCUCUUCUUCUUCCUCCUCCACCACUACCACCCUCCCAUCCUCCCGUUUCCAGCAGUGGAGAGGUAAUGAAAUAUGGUAAUGGAUUUGGAUCCCCGGAUUAAAGUCGUCCUACCCUGAUUGAAGUUUUCUCCAAAUUUCAAACCCUAAAGCAACAACAAUUUGUAUACAUGAUUGAUUGUGUUUGGAUUUUUUAAUUGCUUAUGUAUUUAAUUUGCAAAUCGGAGAGACAAGAGCGACGGCUGUAAUUUACUUCUGUGGGGAGAGAAGCGCUCGUGUCUAUAUCUCAGUAAAUAAAAACAGACUGGGUGCAGAAGGAGAACGGAUUCUCCUUCUGCACCCAGAAAUACGUAAAGUAUCAUAUGGCAGGUUUUGUUUUUGAGUCUUUGUUUGGAGACCCCUCCAAGAUAGCAAAAUAACCUGCUCCGCCAAUACAAUAUAUAUUACGAAUUUGCUAGUAGUAGUUUAUAUUUAUAUAGAAAGUAAAAUGAGAUAUUGUCAUAUUUUAAAACCAGGUUCAUUUAGGCCUAUUUUAAACGUCACGAGGCCAGGAGAUUUUUUUUUCCACUCUUGGUCCCACUUCAGAGAAUUUUCAGUAUUAUCAGCGGUCCCCUGCUUUUCGACAUUUUGUUUCGUCUUGUGGCCUAAAUUCAGGCCUGAGGUGUAGGUAGCAAAUCUAAAUAUCAAAAUUAAAAAUAUUACUACUACUUCUUUGUGUUUUAAUUUUUUUUUCUAUUUUAAUGUUGAGAAAAAUGCAAGGCUAAAAACAGAAUGAGGCUCGUCUGCUGUCUGUCGUGGUUUUUCCACGAGGCCUCAUAAUUGAUGAAUACUCAGCAAAGAGAUGUGAAAUAUGAAUGAGGAUUAGCGUGGAUCCUGAAAACAGGGUCUACUUUCAGUGGAUUAAAGAACAGAGACGUGGAAUCAAUGGAGAUUCAUGAAAACGUAUUUUGUGUUUUGGAUGUCUGGGUUAGUGAAACAGACAAAAAAGAAUAGAAAGAAAGAAAAUGUUUGAUAUACAGUAAUCCCGUGCUGGGAUUAUUGUCCUUCCUGUUUUAGGAGAUAUUUUGGUGCUUCUAGGCCUUCACUGGUCUACUUGGAGGACUUAACUUAAGGUAUGUUCAUGGUAAAGUUCCUGUAGGCCACGUCUUGUCUUCGUGUGUAUGUGUGUGUACGUGCAUGCGCGUAAGGGCGUGUUGCCCAAGGUUGAACGCCCCCUCGUGGUUAGUUCCGCAAACAUCCCAUACAGAGGAGCCAGUCUAACCAGAAAGCAAAACCCCAAAGCCUCCAAGCUUCCAGUUUUUCAGAAAGAUUUCUGAAACAGCGUCAAAAUGUGUUAUUUUUCAUUUUAGGGAUAACUUUUUAUUUUCUAGUUAUGCUGUACUUGAGUUUACAUGAGCUCUCUGGGCUGAUGCGCGCUUUAAAAUGAGCAGAAGUGCAGAUCAUGAGAGGAGCAGAGGAAAGACGCUGACAACUGCAAAUCAAGAAAUCUGCUAAUCUAAAAAAUUAAAUAGACUCAAUCAUAUCACAAACUGACCUUUUCCAUAACUGUGCAUUGCCUUGAGGUACAUCGAGCUCGUAGGUCUUUUGAGGAUAAGCUUGACAGGUAGGCAGAAUAACCUAAAGACUGUUGUGGUUGUUGUUUAGGUCUCCAUUGUGACACUGACUUGACAGAUUGUAACAAAAGCCGCAUGCUUAGUGAUGCUGUUAGACGGGCAGAAAUGACUUGUGCGAUUCUGCCUCCUGUUUAAGUGUCUGUGAAUGACUGUACAAAUAUAUCUAAUCAGAGGGGUUUAUGUGCAUGCGGCACAUAUGCACCAAAACGAUUAAAUGUCUAGACACAGUAAGAAGGGAAAUAACACUUUUUAAUUUGGCUCAUGCUUUAGGCUAUUUGCUUGGUUAAUAUUACCGGAGCGAGGCUUCGAUAUGCCCUCUCAAAUCAGGUGGGACGAGCGCGUAUUGAAUCCCCUCUUGUAGUUUGGUGAGUAAACGCGCAGCUCGCCAAUUGCUUUUCGUAAAAACCGACAUCCGUUUGGAUCCGCGAUCAAUUAGGUAAUGAGUGGGAAUGCAUGUUUCAUAUGUUUUCUCCCAGUUGUCCCCCUAGCUAAAGAUUUAUAGCAUUGUGCUGAACGAAGAGGGAGGAAACAGAGAAAGUAUGCAGGGCCAGUUGUUUUCAAAAACACUCUGACUUUGGUAGACCUGUGCUUACGUGAAUAUAAAGAUUUUAUUUAUUUUAUUUAUUUUAUUUUAAUUUUUUACUCAAACGCGUUUCCCAGAAAGGCUGUGGGCCUAUGAAAUCUACUUUUGUCCACUUACAGCUACAGUUACUCAUGCAACAGAAAGAUGGACACUUGCUAUUUAAGUUCUUCAGCAUCCCUUCAUUUAUAAAAGCCUGCUGCAACUAAGCCUCAUUUUUAGUAAUACUCAAUUAAUUAGCCAUUUAAUAUUGACAUGAAUAAAUUGAGCGCAAAUGGGUAUAAAGGCAUUCGUUUUUUUUACUUCGUUAAUUGAAAUUAAACAUAUGAUCAUCUACUCCCCGAGCCGGGCGUCCCUUCGCUGAGCCUCACCAUUGGCUGACGCGUAAAUCUGCGGGGCGUCAUUGGUCUACGGGAUUCGCUCGAGCCAAUGGCCACCCUCCCCCGCCCGAUUCUAUCUGGGGCUGGCGGUGACGUGUGGCUCGCGCUCACGCUGUGAUUGGCCAGAUUCCCUGUGAGUGACGGGCAGCUGGCCGGCGCGUGUAGGUUAGGGUUCCAGGGGGUUGGGAGCGCGGGCGCUGUCCGCAAGAGACCAGGUCCUGAAACUCGCCGUGCGCCACCGCGGAUGCUGGGCGCAGGCAGCUUUCCAUUGUAUAGUUAAAGAAGCCCGUUUAUGUACAGACUUGAAUCGCAGUCUGUGGCGUUUUUUGUGCUUUGAGCGCGGAGAAAAGUAGAUUUUUUUUUUAAAUUUCGGAGAGAACUGUUUUUCUUCUCCGGCGCGAAAGAAAUCAAAACUCACGCACAAGCCCGCAUCUUCGUUUGUGCAGGGUUCCUGGUCAGCAAGGAGGAGGAAGGAGAAAGAGUGACCGAGGGCUGAGUGCUGCCUUUCGUUCCUUCAAACAAGGCAACAGAUAUCAAGUCAUCUUCAGUACCUUCUGUUGAGAAAGAGGGAGAGCGCGUCCCCCACACACCCUCCCCCUGCACUUUUUCUGUAUUUUACUUUUCUUUUUAGGGGGAUGUGAAUCUUCAAGAUGUGAGCACUUAUCCGCUGUCUUUCAUGGUUUUUUAUGUUGAUGGGAGAUAACCGAGUUUUCCAGUAGAAGCAACCGAGGACGACUUAUCGCAAGAAGCAAUGUGCAAAAAAGAACUUGGGACAAAAUACAGCCGCGAGUGGAUCUGUAACGAAUAUUUUUGUCUUUUAAAAGCUCUUUUUAAUGUUUGUCUUUUUAAAUAUUUCUGAACAGACUGAGAGGAGAAAGUUCAGCCUCCGCCGGGUUAGUCUCAGUUCAGGGGUCACGGCCAGCGGACCGAGAAGGAGAGAAAGGAGGGAAGGCUACUUUGUUUAUUUUGCGUAUUUAUUUUUUAUUUUUUGGCAAAACUUUUAACAUUACCUCAAUAUUUUUACGACCCGGGACUGGUGCAACUUGGUGAUAAUGAGAAGCUGAAGGAAUGAAAGCUUACGCCGUCGUCUCCCUCCUCUGGUUUAGGAGACGCCAGAAUAGACCCGCUGUUGUGUCCCAUCCCCAUGAGGAGGGGGCCCAUCUUUGAUUCAUAUUUUUGAGGCCGGUUCUUUCUUCCCCAUCCAACUGCAAAUCCUCCAUUUUCGAUGUUUAAUAUCGUUGUACCAGUUUAUCACAAAGUGUCGCCUUGCCAGCAUCGUAUUUUAUUUUUUAAUCAAGAAGAAGAAAAAAGUCCCCUCUUUUAAAGGGAAACAGGCGCUUUUCAUUCAUUGGAGGUCACGGUCUUUCAGUAAUAUUGGCCGACUGAAGCGAGGAGUCCGGUGGCAUUUUUUUAAAGACUCGUGAUAGCUCGCUGGGGCCCUCCAGCCCCAUCUUUCCGAUGGAGAUUCACUGUAAGCACGACCCGUUUGCGGCAAUGCACAGACAUGGUGGCGUGAACCAGCUUGGAGGUGUGUUCGUAAAUGGCAGACCCCUCCCAGAUGUAGUUCGCCAGCGAAUAGUAGAACUUGCCCAUCAGGGGGUUCGGCCGUGCGACAUCUCACGCCAGCUACGAGUCAGUCAUGGAUGUGUCAGCAAGAUACUGGGCAGGUACUAUGAAACGGGCAGUAUCCGCCCUGGGGUAAUUGGGGGAUCCAAACCAAAGGUUGCUACACCAAAAGUGGUCGACAAAAUCGCCGAUUACAAACGCCAAAACCCCACCAUGUUUGCCUGGGAGAUCCGGGACAGGCUCCUAGCAGAGAGAGUUUGUGACAACGACAGUGUUCCCAGCGUCAGCUCCAUUAACAGGAUCAUCCGGACUAAGGUUCAGCAGCAGCCUGGUCAAACGGGCUCAGUGUCGGCUCACAACCUAGCAACGUCCGUGCCAGCCACACAGGUCUCAGCAGUGACCAGCGACUCGGCCGGCUCCUCGUACUCCAUCAGCGGCAUUCUGGGUAUCAGCUCAGCUGCUGAUGUAGGCAAGAGGAAGAGGGAUGAAGGUUUGCAGGAGUCACCGCUGGCCAAUGGACACGGCCACAGUGGGCGGGACUUCCUCAGGAAGCAGAUGAGAGGGGAGCUAUUCUCGCCACAGCAGAUCGAGGUAUUGGACCGCCUCUUUGACAGACAGCCAUCCUGUCCAAUCCAGUCCAGCUCUGACCUCUAUGUGAGCCCUGAUUCUGGCAAGACGUCAGAUUAUUCAGCCAUGGCUUCAUUAGCAGGAGGACUGGAUGAGAUGAAGAACAGUUUGGCCAAUCCGGGCACAGGGGCAGAGUUAGGAGCCAGCGUCUCUGGUCCACAGUCCUACUCACUAGUUCCAGGUCGAGAUCUAGCCAGCACCACUCUGCCAGGCUACCCUCCUCAUGUCCCUCCUACCGGACAGGGCAGCUACUCCAUCCCCUCCCUCACUGGAAUGGUACCUGGGGGAGAUUUUUCCGGAAGUCCAUAUUCCCAUCCGCAGUAUUCAACGUACAAUGAAUCAUGGAGAUUUCCUAACCCCAGCCUAUUAGUGUUUCAGCAGGAUUAUGGGUCUCUCCUGGGGACGGAAAUCGGCUGCUCCUCCAGUCUCUUCACCAGCCAGGCAGGACAGAUGCAAGGAUCGCCAUAUUAUUACAGUGCAACAUCACGAGGGGCAGGCCCUGCUGCCACCGCUACAGCCUCCACCUACGACCGCCACUGACACCCUCGUGUAGACACAGGAAGUCGCAGGGUGAGGAGGAGAAGGAGAUGAGGGAGGGAUGGAUAGCAUCGGAACCGCUCAGUACAAACUCGCCUACGCUUGGACUGCAAAGAGGAGAAGAAUUCAAAUCUUUGACAUCGGUGAAGUUUGCAUUUUCUUUGAGUGACACUUAAACCAACGAAUACACUCCUGAGCUGCAGCACAAUACUGUUUGGGUAUACAAUACUGUGAGGACACAGGUAUGUCAAGGUCAAUAACCGAUUAUGUAAACAAGUAGAUUUUGGAAAUUUGGACCCUCCCACACUAUCAAGCCUUCGUAUUCCUAUCUAGUUUUUAACCAGUCAUAAACCAAAAGUCAGCGGACUGUGUGUAGCAUUAAAACUAUCUGUAUUGUGACCUUCUGGGUUUUCCAGUUGGGAAUAUUUUUGAUGAAAUUAUUUAAGCUGAUCAGAGAAAAAUCAACUUUUUCAAACAGUAGGCUAUUUUUAUGACCGCACAUUAAUCAAUCAAUUUUCUAUGCCAUGCUACAGUGAAGUAAAGACAAUCCAAUCAUCCUAACUUUGACUGACCAAAAUCACCCAUAUCGUUACCAUUCUAUUCGUUCUGCCACAGAUUCAACACAUUUUCCUCUGGAACCCUCAGAAAUGUUCAUCAAAUGAGAUAACAUUAUUUCAAAGGGAGCGUUCCGGGUCACGCAUGUUCGCCCUGUCCCAUUUGUUACUGUUAUAGUGGUCAAGCUUUCCAGUUCUGCAGAGUACACAUGCUCUAAAUUUCUAGUCAUUUUUAAAGCGGCGGAUUGCUUACGACAAACACAACUAUCACACAACUGUCAACUAUCCAAUCCUUUUGUGUUACCAGUGCACUAUGCAGUAUGUAAGCUAGUGAGCAUUUUUGCAUCUCACCUCAUUUCUUCAUUCUUUACUUUUAGGAUUGGAAAAAGUUUAGAAGAUAAGACUCCUUAAAUGCUGUGUGUCAUUUCUACUGCUGCACCAUGCACACGGGUUCAGCGUGUAGAAAAAUCCAAAACUUGGCACGCCUAAAGAUAGUUAAUAAACCAUGACUGGAUGUUUGCUGUUCAGGGGUGGGGUUUUAGUAGUUGAAGUCAAGCAUGAUCCAAUUUUCUGGUAAGAAAACUGUGUCCUCACAUAGUGGAUGUAUUAAGAGGAGCUGGAUACUGGAUGUCAACGCCUACAGAUAAAUUCAUAACAGAACGAUUACGGGCCAACCUAUCAGAGGUAGAAACAUUAGUAGUUCUACAGAUGACUCUUUUGUAUUCUUCAAGAAGUGGGGGGGAAAAACGUUUUUUGAGGUGUGGGUAUUUUUGCCUGCAAUACUGAAUUUGACCACUAGAAAAAUUGGAAGGACGUGCUGAAUGGCAUCGCUGCAUCCAAAAGCCUCAUUUAUAACAUGAAGUUACAUUCGUAAAAUCUUAAUUUGUAAGUCUGAACUGUCCAUGAUUUUCCUGCUAAUCAGAAUCAGAUUCACUGGCAAAUUUGGAUUCUCUUUUAUUUUCUCUUAAUCUACUUAAGAGAGCUUGU